UUUCUUUUGAGACCAGAUGGGAGACUUGAUUUCACCGCUGGCGGUGUUUCCCUCAGCCAUGAGCCAGAGUGAGUAGGAUUGGGCUGUGGCGACAGAGGCUAGCAGUUUUAGUUUUGAUUCUUAAGGAUCAGAUAGUAACAUUGAGGCACUAGUGACUUGCUGCGGCAAGAAAAGUUGCGUUUGAAGACUUCUCCAAAGUUGCCCUGGCAGUUUGUAGCCAUUCCUCGCUCUGAGCCAACAAGCAUGAGCAGGGAGCUGGAUUCCUUUGUAGCUACAAGAUACGCUGAGGCAAGAUUGGGUUGAAGGAGACCGCGCCGGACUUUGUGAUUAGUUCGGUGACAUUUGCCUUGAGUUGUUGGCUGGGAUCCCGAGUUCUGGUGUUUGUCUCUGCUUCUCUGUUGUGUCUCCUUGUCUUGCUUGUUUUUGCUUUGCCUUGUCUUGUUCGCUUGCUCUGUUUAGCCAACAUAUAGAUCAGUGGGAUUGCAACUUUCCAAGCUUGACGGAGACAGGCUUCCCCCAGGGAUGAAGUUACCUCGUUCUGUUGUGAAUGGGGGGCCCGCAACACCUAGAACCUUCAAAAAGGAUACAGCAGCACCAUGGUAAAUACGUGGAGUACAAGAAUAAGUGAACAGGUUAAAGGCUCUGAUUUAAGAUGCACAAGAAUAAGAAAGCCUGGUUUUCUGAAAGUGUAAGCAGACACAUUUGUGAUCUUUGGGUAACUGAAGGUGGAAUCAUCACAAACUGGUGUUCAGCCGAUUUCUUAUUUAGCAAUGAUGCUGCUCAUCCUGACACACAAAGAAUCUUUGAGAGUUUGGAUUUUGUGGAGGACAAGGCUACAGUUUUUCAUGCUAGUUAUCUUUCGGCAUGUGAAGACUCUGGGCUCAAUGAUAGUGUAGCUAUGGGUCACUUUCUGCUUCCCCCAUCCUGCCUUCAUGAAGAAAUUCGAGCAGCUGUUGGAAAUUUCAUUUGGGAGCUGGACAAUCCUUUACAGCCUCAGCAGUCACAUGAGAGAGGAGAUGCUUCAAAAAGGAAGAGAUCUGCAAACUGUCACCACCCAGAAAUGGAAAAAAUAGACCAAGACAUUCAUAAUAAUGGGCGCAGCAGAAACCAGAAUUUAGGGAUUGAAACACCAUCAUUUGAAGCUACAACUUGUCACGUUCAACAGAUGUACCCUGUAAACAACAUGGUAACUGGUUUUAUCUCUAUUGACGAGCUGAAGAAGUACCCAGGAGAUUUGUACGACUUCAUUCCAGGCAGCGCAGGUUAUUCAGUCUGCUGUGCCCAUAGAGACAAAAUAUUUUCAGUUUUAAAAAGCAGAAACAGGAACCACACAUUUAUUCAUACAAAUUAAACAGGACUGAAAUCAGCUUCAACUGAAAAAAAAGCCUUUGAACAUUGGUGAAGGUAUGAACUUUUGCAGUAGCCUGUUAUGUUUUGCUCAAUGAUAGAUUGUUAAGAAUAAAGUUUUUUUGCUUACUAUGUAAAAUGUUUUGUAAUUAUUGAACUGUAAUCCCUUUAUGUUUGCAUUAAUAUAUCGAAUGUAGCUCAAUUACUUGUGUUAAUGCAUCACAUCAAAUGAAUAAUCAUAGUGAUUUCACACAAAAUUACAGAGAAAAUAUAAAAGUGUAAUCAUCUGUGUUGGUGUUUAACCUCUUUGGGAGAAAUAUUUCUAACCCCACUUGCCCGUUGUUUCCAAAUUUACUCUAUCAUUUUUUGAAGUUUUCAAUAACUUUAUAAAAUAAAUCAAUUAUUAUAACAAAUGCAGUCCCAAUUUUCACAUUUUACUUCAAAGAUUCCUCACGUACCUAAUUGUGUUUUUAGUGAAGUAAAAAUGGAAAGUGCUAGAGAAGCUCAACAGGUCUGGCGAGAGAAAAGGAUUUUAUUUUUUAAGUUUAGUAUGACUUCUUCUGAGUCAGAAUGUUGUCAAUUCAAAUCUGUAUUCAGAUACUAGCUUGACAUUUCAGUACAGAAUCAUUAUUUGUAGAGCAGAUUGGUAAUCCUGACAUAGUGUCUAAUAGUUACAUCUCAAUUGACAUAAAUAAUGCACACUAUCUGCUGUUUUACCCUUUCUAUUUGUGGAACGUCUUUGCGUAAAAAUUGGCUUCCAAUUGUCAUUAAAGUUAUUAUGAGGGAUUUUUGAUUUUUGGGAUAUUGUGCAUGGUACUUUGUAAUGCAAAUAAAUGUGUAUUCAUAAAAAUAACUUAAUUCCUUGAGGUACUAUUGGUGAGUUGUGAAUCUAAACUCCAAAGUCCACAUUGUCCAUUAACAGCAUAAUAAUUUAUUUACCAAAAUAUACCACCGAACGUUUACUGAAGUUAAGUGCCAUCUGCAAUUACUUUGUUUAUUCCACCAUAAUUAGUACCCCCUUGCAGCUAUCACUGAUCUUUAGCAUUAUUUGUUAUGCCUCCUUUCUGCUAAGUUGAAUGGAAAUCCAUCCAGACUUAAGUUGAAGUAAUUGCUGUAUAGAGAAAACAGAAGAAGAUCCAAAAACUAACUUUAGACCUUCACUUCUAAACUGUACUUUGCAUGUAUAUUUUGUUUCCUAUCCCCAAACCAUUAUUUAGUUGCAUUUGCUACACUCUUCCCAUUUCCAGACGUCUGAAUUUUCUCUGAGUCUCGUGGCAAAAAAAGGCUUUCUAAAAGAUCUGUCGGCCACAGCCAUUGAAUUUUCUCCAUUGCAUUACCUGUCACCUCUUUUUGUCUACUGCAAUAAAUUUUCUUAAAUUUGACUGGCUAAUCCUAAUCGUGUUCUCUUCGUUGGACACCUAUUAAUUCAAAUUUUAAUGCAAGAUUUUAGCAUUUUUCUUUGAAUAAUAGUCAAAGUGAAUUGUAACUUAUUGGGUUAUCUCUGUUGGUACAUUUUGGAAAUUGAAUCUUAGAAUCUCCACAGUACUGAAGCAGGCCAGUCGGCCCAUCGAGUUCACACUGGCCCUCCGAAGACCAUCCCACCCAGACCCACCCUC